GGGGAGUGGAGGUCUCCGAAAACAAGCUGUCGGCAACAAACACGGGAGUUAAAUCAAUGCACAGACGCACACGGCUUCAUUGGAUGCAGAAAGAACGAACCUGUGGAUAAAUGAAACCUAAAGUGACCCAGCUCCGAUAAGGCAGCCAUCAGUCCUGUGGCCAUGAAUAAACAACAAAGUAAGGAAACCCUGAAGGACAAGGUGAAGGGGAUCUUUGGACUUGGGACUCCCCGGCCACAGAUCAAAUCAUGCGACCCUAAGCUGCCGGAGUUUAUUAUAACUGCUGAAAUUAUUAAGGAUCUCCAUCCAGAUAACGGCCCGAACAACCGGAUUCGGGUUAUCAACCAAAUUUGUGAUCUUGCAAAAAUGAAGAAAUUUGAGGAGCAUGCUGUUGAGGCUGUGUGGAAAGCUGUGGAGGACAUGUUGACCCCGGAGCAGCCGCCUGAGGCCAGACAUGCUGUCCUGCAGCUUCUUAGGGCCAUUAUCCAGGGCCAGGGAGAGUGGCUUGGUCCUUUGAGGGCCUACUUUUUCAAGGUGAUCAGAGACUACCAACCAUGCAACGAGGAUCUGUCAGAAAGACUGGAAGUGUUCAAGGCUUUAACUGAAAACGGGAAGGACAUCACUUACCUGGAGGAGGACGUAGCUCGUUUUGUCCUCCUAUGGAUGGACAUCGGUCUAACUUCAGACUUUCUCCAUGUUCUUGUGAACCUGGUGAAGUUUAACAGCUGCUACCUGGAUCAGAACAUCUCUGUCAUGGUUCAGAAAAUCUGUCUGCUGUGCAACAGAACAACAUCAUCCACAGAUAUAGAGGUGGCUCUUCAGGUCUUGGAUGCUGUCGUGUGCUACAACUGCCUUCCCUCAGAGUCCCUCACCAUUUUCAUUAUAACACUCUGCCGUACGGUUAAUGUGAAGGAGUUUUGUGAAUCGUGCUGGAAGUUGAUGAGGAAAGUUUUGGGGACUCAUCUUGGCCACAGUGCUAUUUACACCAUGUGCCGCAUCAUGGAGGAAAGAAUGUACAUGGAGGAUGCCCCGCUGCUGAGAGGAGCGGUGUUUUUUGUUGGAAUGGCGCUGUGGGGUGCACACAGACUCCCCGCCCUGAAAAACACACCGACACUCGUUCUGCCGUCUUUUUAUAAGGCCAUGUCGUGUGCCAAUGAGGUGGUGUCCUAUGAAAUCGUCCUCUCCAUCACCAGACUGAUCAAGAAGUAUGGCAAAGAGCUGCAGGUGGUCACAUGGGACAUCCUGCUGGGCAUCAUAGAGCAGCUGCUGCAUCAGAUCCAGACGAUAGGCAGUGCAGAGCUGAAGGCCAUUGUCUAUGAGCUCUUGACCACAGUGGAAGAGCUGUAUGAGCAGAACGGUUAUCACGGCUCGACAGAAAAGUUCUUCAUUUUGGUGGAAAAAUGUGCUGACAAGAGACCCGACGCAUCAGUUCUGACCCUCAUCUCGUACCGAGCGCAGUCUAUCCAGCCGGCCAAGGAUGGCUGGAUUCAGAGCCUUCACCGCCUCAUGGAUAAAUUUUUUAAGAACGAGACUCGCAGUGUGAUACGGAUCAAAGUGCUUCAUAUCCUGUCCUUCGUUCUCAGCACCAACCGACAGCUUUAUGAGGAUGAGUUGAUUGAAAUGGUUGUGAUCCCUCAGCUCAGUGGGAUAGCUGAGGACAGGGAUCUGGCUGUCAGGAAACAGGCUACUCAGCUUCUGGUGGAUCUUGCUGAGGGUUGUAACACACAUCACUUCACUAGUCUCCUGGACAUCAUUGAGCGGGUGUCCAGUCGUUCUCUGGUUUGUUCAGGGGCGCUGGAGGUUUCUGAACGAGACCCCACAGCUGAGUCUCCUAUGGAGGAUGUGAAGACUGCUGUAUUGGGUCUGUUGGAAAUCCUGCAGAGCAAACUUUACAGCCUACCAGCCAGCCAUGCGAGUCGUGUUUAUGAGCUGCUUAUCAGCCAUCUGCAGCUUCACUACAAGAACAAGUACUGUUCAACCAUCGCCUCUUCUGUUAGAUUACAGGUGUUUGACUUCUUCCUGAUGAUGCGAGCAGACUCUCUGCACCGUAUUGGAGUUCCCAACAAAGAUGGAGCGAUGAGAUUCAGUCCAUACUGUUACUGUGACACAGGGGAGCCAGAGAAGCGUGUUGGUGAUAAGAAGCCGACAGGUUCCACAUCUCCUCCUGCUGGUAGUCCAGCUCCACCUGCUGCUCCUCCAGCGUCAACAGCCUCGAUACGCUCAGCUUACCUUCCCUACGCUCCUGCCUUCAGCGUCCUGCUGCAGUGCCUCAAAAUGGAAACAGAUUGGAAGGUGCUGAAACUUGUUCUGGACAAGCUGCCUUGGAUGCUUCAGUUCAAAGUCCUGCUGCUCACGUCUCCAUGCAGUUUAGACCAGCUGUGCUCCACUCUCUGCCUCAUGGUGACAGAUCGGCUGAUCUCUGAACGUUUGAAAAAGAUCCCGGAGGGUUUUUCCCGUACAGAUGUUCAGUUGGCUGUGGUUCCUGUUCUUACAGCUAUAACCUCUUACCACAACUACCUGGAGCAGUCAAGACAGAGAGAACUGGUUCAGUGCCUUGAGACUGGCCUCAUUUAUCGCUGUGCCAAGCAGUGUGUGGUGGCUCUUACAAUGUGCACGGUGGAGAUGCCUGAUAUCAUGAUCAAGCUCCUCCCUGCGCUCAUCGUCAAGCUCACCCACAUCUCUGCUACUGUUGCCAUGGCAUCUCCCAUGCUUGAGUUCCUCUCCACUCUGGUGCGUUUACCCCACCUGUACGCCAACUUUGUAGCUGAGCAGUAUGUUAGUGUGUUUGCCAUCUCGCUGCCCUACACCAACCCCUCCAAGUUCAACCAGUAUAUUGUGUCUCUGGCCCACCAUGUGAUCGCCAUGUGGUUCAUACGCUGCAGACUUCCCUUCCGCAAGGACUUUGUUCAGUACAUCACAAAGGGUUUGCGUUCCAACGCUCUGCUGCCCUUCGACGACGGCCACGAGCAGAGUCCGUUUCGUGCUCGCAGCACCAGCCUCAACGAAAGGCCCAAAAGUCUGCUAGCUGCAAAAGUGUCAAAGGCAGCCCCUGUAGCCAAUAACAGCAGCUCUCCAGUUAAAGAGCUAAGGGACCUUUCAGCCAUGGAUGCUUUCCGCUCCCGCAGCAUCAGCGUCUCCGAACACGCGGUUCGCAGGAUGCACACCUCAACCACCACCUGCAGUCUGGGCUCUGCCGAUGAAAAUGCCGUAACUCAGGCAGAUGAGGGGCUCAAGACUGUCCACCUGGAGCUCACAGAGACCUGUCUAGAUAUGAUGGCCCGAUAUGUGUUUUCCAACUUCUCUGCGCUGCCCAAAAGGUCUCCCAUAGCAGAGUUUCUGUUAGCCGGAGGUCGCAGUAUGACCUGGUUGGUGGGCAACAAGCUGGUGACCAUAACAACCAGUGGAGGCGUAAAAACUCAAGCGUUGCUGGGGCUGGACAUGUCCGAGCGUCUGGGAGGAGGCGGGGAAAUGACCAGGUCAGAUCCAUCACUCCACACACGGAUCACAAAAGAGGCUCCAGCCACUCUGGAGUCCCAGUCCAGUCAGCAACACAACAGAUCCACAAGGUUACGUGUCCGCUCCAUGUCAGGGGGUCAUGCUCUACGUGGUGGUCCUACACAGAGUCUCAGUCCUCUUGUCUCCCCCUCUGAGGGUGAGCUAGCCCCUCCUCUUUCUCCCUCCUCGGGACCCACUCUGGAUAGCGUUGGUCCUCCCUCGUCCACCUCUGCUGGCCCAUCUGCUCCUCUUCCUCUCAAAGAUAACCCCAGCCUGGCAGAAUUCGUCCCAAUGCUGACUCAGGGCUGGGCAGAAAUCUUUAUACGGAGACCUUCAGGUAACACCAGCUGGCUGAUGUGUUUGGAAAACCCACCCAGUCCCUUUUCCUCCGAGCUCGGCAACAUGCCGCUGCAGGAGCUGUCCAGUGUCCUGAUGGCGAUGGAGGGCGUGAAGGAGCCUCCUGCCGAGUCAUCCAGUGCUCCAGCUAGCACAGCUGCCCCAGCUCCCACAUCUGUCCCUGAGCCCCUGCACCACACGCAGAGCAGCGUUGGAGCAAAGCCAAUCAUGAUUCAGCGCUCCAACACUGUCGUCCUCCACCUCCAGUCAAGAUGAUGAAAAGUCAACUCUGGAGGAGGUGAGUGAAGGAGCCAUUCCCAUUGAUCAGCCCACUCUGGGUCCCUCCACCCCGGGCAGCCAGGGGCCUGAGUUUCCAUUUCAGAGCCACUCACAGUCCCAGGGUCCUGGACUCAACAAGUCCAGCUCCUCUCCAGAGCUCCAGACGCUUCCCGAGGCCUUCGCCAAAGCUAACCUGGAGUCUGAGAGCACGCAGGGAGAUGUCUCUCGACCCAGAGCGCCCUCAGAUGGCAAACCUCCAGCACAGCAGCCUCAUUUUGAAAAGGACAAGGUGAAGGGGAGCACAGGAGGGGAUGUUAAUGGGCCGGGACGUCAGAACCAAGCAGAAGGCUCCGGUCCGUCAUCUCAGAGCGGAGGGUUGAGGUUGGCUUUUCCACCAGUACCAGCCCAGUCUGGACCCAUCUCUCCUGGCGGAGGCCACCGACCCAGAGGUCACACCAUUUCUGUUUCAGCACCUUCCUCCAGGAGAGAGAGGAGGACAGAGAGGGACUCCUAUCACAAUCGACCCGGACCCAGCAACACGGAGAAGAUGUCUGGACUGAGCCCCAGUUUUGUAUUCCUCCAGCUGUACCACUCUCCUUUCUUUGGGAAUGAAGCAAACAAACCACUGCUGCUGCCUAAAACUCAGGUCAUUGACCGAGCUGUGAAGGUUCUGGACCAGAUGCCUCCUUAUGACACCCAUAAGAUUGGAGUGGUGUUUGUUGGAGCCGGUCAGGUUAACAACGAGGUUGCCAUUCUGUCCAACGAAUAUGGCUCGAACCGCUACGCCGCCCUCCUGACUGGUCUGGGCAAGUUGAUCCACCUGAAGGACUGUGACCCUGACCAGAUCUUUCUUGGAGGACUUGACCAGUAUGGAGACGAUGGAGAGUUCACCUACUGCUGGCACGAUGACAUCAUGCAGGCCAUCUUCCACAUAGCCACAUUGAUGCCAAACAGAGAGAGCGACAAGGGCUGCUGCAACAAAAAGCGACACAUUGGCAAUGAUUUUGUCAUGGUGGUGUAUAAUGACUCAGGAGAGGAGUACAAACUGGGCACAAUAAAGGGUCAGUUUAAUUUUGUAGAAGUCAUCAUUAAACCACUGGAUUAUGAAUGCAACCUUGUUUCCCUCCAGUGCCGCAAAGAUCUUGAGGGUUUAGUCGACACAACUGUGGCGAAGAUUGUUUCAGAUCGCAACCUUCCACUUUUAGUUCGACAGAUGGCCCUACAUGCAAACAUGGCCUCCUUGGUGCAUCAGUACAGAGCUAAUCCUUCUGAUGCGUACGCUUCCAAGUGGCUCGCAAGAUUACGACACAUAAAGAGGAUCAGAACCAGAGCUCAAGAAGACAUCCAGUCUCGCUCGACUCCCGGAAUCUCUUUGACCCAAGGACACACUCAGCAAAACAAGUCGUUUCAGCAAAACCCGGCAGCACCGAACCCUGAGGCCUCCGGGCAGAGGAAGAGACUUGUGUCAACAGUCGAUGAUUUCACUGAUUUCGUUUAACUCUUGUUGGUCGCUCUGCCAGACACAUUCACACAGACCAGUGAUGUUUGUGGCUCAAUUAAUGUAUGAAAUAAAUGAUCAUUAAAAGGAUCUGGAAUGGG